AUGAGUGAGUCACCUAGCUCCAACACAUAUCUGGACGAUUCGGCGAACUUCGAAUCGUUCCAUUUGGAUCCCAGACUCUUGCAGGCCAUUAAACAUAAUGGUUUUGAAAAACCUACACUUAUCCAGUCAAGCGCCAUUCCACUGGCUUUGGAGCAGAAAAGAGACGUUAUUGCGAAGGCUGCUACGGGAUCCGGAAAAACUUUGGCUUAUUUGAUACCCGUUGUGCAGACUAUUUUGCAGUACAAACAAACACAGACAGAUAAAUCAGGCCGUCCCAAGACACUUGGCAUAAUUCUGGUUCCCACUAGAGAACUAGCUCAACAGGUGCAAGCAGUGCUGGCAAAGCUGGUUUUAUACUGUUCCAAAGAUGUGCACUCCCUAAAUCUAUCAUCCCAACUUGCCGAUAAUGUGCUUACCUCUCUGCUACUGGACGGACCGGAAAUUCUAAUUUCGACACCUUCCAGACUUUUAACAGUUCUCGAGACGAAGUCUAACGCGUUGGUUAUGGACGAUCUGAAAUUUCUAGUUAUUGACGAAGUUGACCUCGUUUUAACGUUUGGCUACCAAGACGAUCUUGACCAAAUCGCUCGCUUUUUACCCCUCAAAAAGAACCUGCAGACAUUCCUGAUGAGUGCAACUCUGAAUGAAGACAUCCAGCAAUUGAAGGCGCAGUUCUGCCGAUCUCCCGCUGUUCUGAAACUUAAUGAGGAUGCAAUCAAUAAAGAUCAGAGCAAGCUGUUGCAGUACUAUGUCAAGGUCAGCGAGUUUGACAAAUUCUUGUUAUGCUACGUCAUCUUCAAGUUGGGUUUGAUCAAGGGUAAAACCCUCAUUUUUGUCAACAACAUAGACAGAGGAUACAGGCUUAAAUUGGUGCUGGAACAGUUCGGCAUCAGAUCAUGCAUUUUGAAUAGCGAAUUGCCUGUUAAUUCAAGGCAACACAUCGUUGAAGAAUUCAACAAAAAUGUAUAUCAACUGCUCAUUGCCACUGAUGACACUGAGUACAUCAAAGAAGAGGAAAUAGAGGAUGCUGAAGAGCAACGGGUUGAAGACGUUGAAAACACGGAACAAGCUGCCUCGAACGACGAGGGUAACAACAGUAAAAAAAAUGGAACACACUUUAAAAAGGAUAGAGACUAUGGUGUUUCCCGGGGUGUGGAUUUCCAGAACGUCGCUUGUGUUUUGAACUUUGAUCUACCUACGACUGCGAAAUCUUAUGUUCACAGAAUUGGGAGAACUGCGCGUGCAGGGAAAUCGGGAGCUGCCAUUUCAUUCGUGGUUCCUCUCAAAGAAUUUGGAAAGCACAAACCAUCAAUGUGCGCCACUGCGAAAAGGGACGAAAAGAUUUUGUCGAGAAUUGUAAAACAACAAAGCAAACUAGGUUUCGAAAUUCUGCCUUAUUCUUUCGACAUAAAUCAGGUGGAAGGUUUCCGCUACAGAAUGGAGGACGGAUUCCGUGCUGUGACACAAGUCGCUGUCAGAGAGGCUCGUGUUAAAGAAUUAAAGCAGGAGAUUCUGACAAGUGACAAGCUAAAACGGCAUUUCGAAGAAAACCCACAAGACUUGCAAAGUUUGAGACAUGACAAAGAGCUGCAUCCGGCAAGAGUGCAACAACAUCUCAAAAGGGUACCGGACUAUCUUCUGCCAGAGGCUGCAAGACAAAACAAGCAGAAGAUCGGUUUCGUACCUUUCCACACUGCCAAAAGCUUGAAACGCAAGGGCAAAGUGUAUAAGAAGAACAACAAGCGCAACGGCAAGUCAGACCCACUCAAGAGCUUUAAAUAA